UGUCAGAAGUCAAAUCUUUUGUGAAACGCAAAAAAGCUGUACCAAAUUUUUUAUUUUAUCACAAAGCGAAUCUGAAACGCAAAGCGAAUCGCGAUUUCGUCGAAGCUCUAUGGUGUCUGUAAACCCUAGACCUAAGGGUUUUCCAUAUUUCGAUCCCGUCGAUAUGAGUUUACCGAGCUCCUCCUCCGAUGGAUUUGGUUCGACUCCGGUCACCGGACGAACUAAUAAUAAUAACACGGUGUCGUUUUCAGAAGAUCCGACGACGAAGAUUCGGAAGCCGUACACAAUCAAGAAGUCCAGAGAGAACUGGACAGAGCAAGAACACGAUAAAUUCUUAGAAGCUCUUCAUUUAUUUGAUCGAGAUUGGAAGAAAAUAGAAGCAUUUGUUGGAUCAAAAACAGUGGUACAGAUACGAAGCCAUGCUCAGAAAUAUUUUCUAAAAGUACAGAAGAGUGGUGCUAAUGAACACCUUCCACCUCCUCGUCCCAAGAGGAAAGCUACUCAUCCUUAUCCUCAAAAGGCUCCUAAAAAUAAUGUUGCUGCUGCUUUUACGUCUCAAGUCAUUGGACCUGGUUACUUGUACACCUCUGAUUCACAGUCAUUGCUAGGGAACCAGGCUGUUUGUGCAUCUACCUCUUCUUCUUGGAAUCAUGAACCAACAACAACCAAUCUGCCUAAACCGGUCAUUCAAGUAGAGGAACAAGGAGUCUCGGCCACAGCUCUCCCUAAGAAUAUUUGCAGUAAGGAAGAUACAACACGGAGGAAAGUACAAGUAUUGACAAAGCCUAGUGAAGAAAGUUGUGAAAAGCCACAUCGAGUGAUGCCGGAUUUUGCUGAAGUUUACAGCUUCAUUGGAAGUGUCUUCGAUCCCAACAUCUCUGGCCACCUCCAGAGAUUAAAGCAGAUGGAUCCAAUAAAUAUGGAAACGGUUCUUUUACUAAUGAGAAACCUGUCUGUAAAUCUGACAAGUCCCGAGUUUGCAGAGCAAAGGAGGUUGAUAUCAUCAUACAGCGCUAAAGCUUUGAAAUAGAGAUAGGUAAAAACAGCAAUGUACCUUAUGUGAGAGCAAGAGACAUUCAUCCAAGGCUGUUUGUGCAUUCCUUAGAUCCAGGGCCUCGAGUUCUCACUACCCAAGCAAGGAUUCCUAGAUGGCUACUGAGUUGUGGUUUUUUAUGUCCCUGUAAGUCGCGGUGGAGCACAUUUGUUUGUCCUGUCUUAUGUAUAUGUGUGUAUAGAUAAUAGAGGGUUUUGCAGAGUUAUAUUAAUAUAGCUAAAAAGUGAGUUUGGAUCAAUCUUAAGUCUGUGUGAUAUUGGUUUGGCAGUCAGCACUCAGCAGAAGAAGUGCAAAUUCAGUGAGUGACAAAACAAGUUGAAGAGAAGGCAAAGAGGAUGAUUUACUUAAAAUAAAAUAAAGCAUGAAUGUAUAUUGUUGUAUCAUUUCAUUUAUCCUCCUUCGUUCUGUAAUUUUUUUCUUACUCGUCAGUCCAACAAUCUAUAUAGUAUAGUGCAAUUUUAUCUAGAUC